GCGUUUGACAGAUAAAAUUCUAUAAAUCAUUUCAAAGCAAUUUCGCUCGGCCUAGAAUUUCAUGUUGUGGCCCAAUUCGUCGUCCAUCUGUUCAAGAAAUUUGUGGAACCUGCCUCGUCAAUCAGAUCCAUUUCCAUUCUGAUGAAGAAACAUUGUUCGGUAGCCGAAUAAUCUGUUUAUCAAGCAUCAGAGAUCGUUGCUACUUUCGGAAAUCGACUUUUUCUUUAAUUACAUUGAUUAUCUGCUCGAUUGUCAAGUCUCUUGUGUUUCCAAUUCUUGUUUACUUCAAGAUGAUGGUCGAGGAUCUCGGUAUCGAAGCAAAGGAAGCAGCCGUACGCGAGGUUGCCAAGCUUCUGCCGCUUCCGGAGCUUCUGCAGUCAAUUAGUUCGAUCAAGGCCGAUUACAUUACUCGUCAGCAGGCUAAUGAUGCACAACUCAGUACAAUGGUUGCGGAGCAGGUUGAACAAGCACAAGCUGGACUGGAGUCGCUUUCUUUAUCUGAAAAGUCAAUAAACCAGCUUCGAGAAAACUUUAUUUCAAUUGAGAAGUUAUGUCAAGAAUGCCAAACAUUAAUAGAGAACCAUGAUCAGAUAAAGCUCCUUAGCAAUGCAAGGAAUAACUUGUUAACAACCUUGAAGGAUGUUGAGGGCAUGAUGUCCAUAUCUGUUGAAGCGUCUGAGGCCCGAGAUUCUUUGAGUGAUGCAAAAGAGCUUAUAAACACUUACGAGAGGCUAACUGCACUUGAUGGAAAACGGAGGUUUGCUUUGGCAGCUGCAGCAUCUCACAAAGAAGAGGUUGGGAGACUAAGAGAAUAUUUUGAAGACGUAGAUCGAACGUGGGAAACAUUUGAGAAGACCUUAUGGGAACAUGUGUCCAACUUUUAUAAACUUUCUAAAGAGAGUCCACAAACAUUGGUUCGUGCUAUAAGAGUCGUUGAAAUGCAAGAAAUUCUCGAUCAACAACUUGCUGAGGAAGCAGCUGAGGCUGAGGGAGGUGGCGCAAUGGCAACUGUAGCAAACCCUCGCAGAACCACAAAAAAAACCACCACAGCAACAGCUUCUUCUAGAAACCUAACACAGCAAAAAUUGAAGGCUCAGGGGAAACAAUACAAAGACAAAUGCUAUGAGCAAAUAAGGAAGACUGUUGAAGGAAGGUUUAGUAAACUUUUGACGGAGCUUGUUUUUGAGGACCUGAAGGCAGCUUUAGAGGAAGCUCGAACGAUUGGAGAAGAGCUUGGUGAUGUCUAUGACUACGUGGCUCCUUGUUUCCCUCCAAGAUAUGAGAUAUUCCAACUCAUGGUCAAUCUGUACACUGAAAGGUUCAUUCAGAUGCUCAGAUUACUCAGUGACAGGGCAAAUGACUUGACCAAUAUAGAAAUUUUAAAGGUUACUGGUUGGGUUGUAGAGUAUCAAGAUAACCUGAUUGGACUAGGUGUUGAUGAGUCCCUGGCCCAAGUAUGUUCUGAGAGUGGUGCUAUGGAUCCCCUGAUGAAUUCUUAUGUUGAAAGAAUGCAAGCUACUACAAGGAAAUGGUACUUGAAUAUCUUGGAGGCUGAUAAGGUUCAACCACCCAAAAAAACUGAAGAUGGCAAGCUGUAUACACCUGCAGCUGUUGAUUUGUUUAGGAUCCUAGGUGAGCAAGUACAAAUUGUUCGUGAUAAUAGCACGGAUGUCAUGCUUUACAGAAUUUCCUUGGCUAUUAUUCAGGUAAUGAUUGAUUUUCAAGCAGCUGAGAGGAAGAGACUUGAAGAACCUGCUUCUGAAAUUGGUUUAGAACCUUUGUGUGCAAUGAUUAACAACAACUUGCGUUGCUAUGAUCUUGCUAUGGAGUUAAGUAAUAGCACGAUAGAGGCGCUCCCUCAGAAUUAUGCUGAACAGAUAAAUUUUGAAGACACUUGCAAAGGCUUCCUAGAAGUUGCCAAGGAAGCUGUGCAUCUAACGGUCAGUGUCAUUUUUGAGGAUCCUGGAGUGCAAGAGUUACUUGUCAAGCUUUAUCAGAAGGAAUGGUCCGAAGGGCUCGUUACAGAAUACCUAGUCGCAACGUUUGGAGACUAUUUUACAGAUGUGAAGAUGUACAUCGAGGAAAGAUCAUUCAGAAGAUUUGUCGAGGCUUGCCUAGAGGAAACUGCGAUCGUCUAUGUAGACCAUUUGCUGACACAGAAAAACUACAUAAAGGAAGAAACUAUUGAGCGGAUGAGGCUGGAUGAAGAGGUCCUCAUGGACUUUUUCAGGGAGUAUAUUAGCAUUUCUAAAGUAGAAAGCAGAGUAAGGAUACUGAGUGAUCUAAGGGAACUUGCUUCUGCGGAGAGUCUGGAUACUUUCACACUCAUUUACACAAAUAUCCUUGAGCACCAACCAGACUGCCCGCCCGAGGUGGUCGAGAAGCUCGUUGGACUUCGGGAAGGCAUACCAAGAAAAGACGCUAAAGAGGUUGUACAAGAAUGCAAAGAAAUAUACGAGAAUUCGCUGGUUGGAGGGAAUCCGCCAAGAAGAGGGUUCGUAUUUCCAAGGGUCAAGAGCUUAGCACAAUCCAAAGCAUACCGAUGGAGGAAGUGAGCUUAAUUAAGUAUUGUCUCUUCCCAUCUCUCUCUCUCUCUCUCUCUCUCUCUCUCUCUCUCUCUCUCUCAAUUCAUUCAGUUUUCCUUCAUUGUUCAUAGUAUAGUGUUCUCUUAUUUUUUUUUUUUAAUUAUUAACUUUCUUUCAAGAUUUUGGUUGAAA